UGUCUGCUCUGUGACAAUGCUCGGGGGAAGGAAAGGACCUCGUCUGUGGUUGUAUUUUCAGGCUCUAGAAGUGCCUGGCACACAGCAGCUGCUCGACAAAAUUUGAAUAUGCACUAGUCCUUGUAAAGGUUUGGCUUCAGAGGGGGAAGAGAGACCCGCGGAGAAGACGCGAAGACGCCGCGCUGAGCCAGGGCUCCCGGGAAGUGCGCGCGUGUGGGUUGGAGACCCGCCCUGGAACAGGACGGCAGGCCGCCCGCGGUCGGGGGAACCCGACCCUCUAACUGGAUGUAGGCCGAGUGCGAUCUCCGCGGGAUGCAAACAGACUAACUCAGACCUUUAAAGACGGGUCCAUUCUUGUGAUUCUCAAUGGAGAGUGAAAGCACAGAUUAAUAAUGAAAACCAGCCCCCGGCGGCCACUGAUUCUCAAAAGACGGAGGCUGCCUCUUCCUGUUCAAGAUGCCCCACGUGACACACCAGAGGAGGAACCUAAGAAACCCCCUGCCCAAGAGGAGCCUAGUCAAGCACAGGCCUCCAAAGAGGUGGCCGAGUCCAACGCUUGCAAGUUUCCAACUGGGAUCAAGAUUAUUAACCACCCUACCAUGCCCAACACGCAGGUGGUGGCCAUCCCCAACAAUGCUGAUAUCCAAAGCAUCAUCACAGCAUUGACUGCCAAAGGAAAGGAGAGUGGCAGCAGUGGGCCCAACAAAUUCAUCCUUAUCAGCUGUGGGGGAGCCUCAACUCACCCUUCAGGACGUCAGCCUCAACCCCAGACCAGCAAUGAUUCCAAGAGGACAGAAGUUAUUACAGAAAUAUUGGGACCAAAGCCUGCCACUAGGGAUGCAAAUGUUCUUAGACCACCUGGACCCACUCUGGGGCAGAGACUGGAGAACUGUGCUGGUGGUGACACAACAGGCUGCCCCCUGGACAACAGCUUAACCAACAUCCAGUGGCUUGAAAAGAUGAGUUCUGAUGGACUGGGCUCCUGUAGCAUCAAGCAAGAGAUGGAGGAAAAAGAGAAUUGUCACCCGGAGCAGAGUCAGGUUAAGAUGGAAGAGCCCUCAGGAACAUCAACAUCCUGGCAGGACUCUGUGUCUCAGCGACCGCCUUACUCUUACAUGGCCAUGAUACAGUUUGCCAUCAACAGCACUGAGAGGAAGCGCAUGACCUUGAAGGACAUCUAUACUUGGAUUGAGGACCACUUCCCCUAUUUUAAGCAUAUUGCCAAGCCAGGCUGGAAGAAUUCCAUUCGCCACAACCUUUCCCUCCAUGACAUGUUUGUUCGGGAGACAUCUGCCAAUGGCAAGGUCUCCUUUUGGACCAUUCACCCCAGUGCCAAUCGCUACUUGACGUUGGACCAGGUGUUUAAGCCACUGGACCCAGGGUCUCCACAAUCGCCCCAGCACUUGGAAUCACAGCAGAAACGACCCAAUCCUGAGCUCCGCAGGAAUAUGACCAUCAGAACGGAACUCCCACUGGGUGCACGGCGGAAGAUGAAGCCUCUGCUUCCUCGGGUCAGCUCAUACCUGGUGCCCAUCCAGUUCCCCGUGAACCAUUCACUGGUGCUGCAGCCCUCAGUGAAGGUGCCACUGCCCCUGGCAGCUUCACUCAUGAGCUCCGAACUUGCACGUCAUAGUAAGCGAGUCCGCAUUGCCCCCAAGCUGCUACUAGCUGAUGAGGGCAUAGCCCCUCUUCCUACUGCGGGACCAGUGAAGGAGGAGAAACCCUUGCUUGGAGAAGGGCUGUUGCCUUUGCUUCCAAUUCAGUCCAUCAAGGAAGAGGAAACUCAGCAUGGGGAGGACAUGCCACAGUUAGCAAGACCCAUCAAAGUGGAGAGCCCUCCCUUAGAAGAGUGGCCCUCCCCCUGCCCAUCAUUCAAAGAGGAGCUGUCUCACUCCUGGGAGGAUUCCUCCUGCUCUCCUACCCCAAGACCCAAGAAGUCCUACAGUGGGCUUAAGUCCCCAGCCCGAUGUGUCUCAGAAAUGCUCGUGAUUAAACGAAGGGAGAAGAGGGAGAUGAGCCGGUCUCGAAGGAAACAGCAUCUGCAGCCUCCCUGUCUGGAUGAGCCCGAGCUGGUCUUCUCAGAGGGCCCCAGCACAUCCCGACGAGCUACUGAGGCCCCCCUCCUGGCAGAGCCUGUCUCCCACCUGAGCUGCCUCCAGGAGGAGGGAGGACCUUUCAAGACCCCCAUUAAGGAGACUCUGCCCAUCUCCUCCACACCAAGUAAAUCUAUCCUCCCCAAAACCCCUGAAUCCUGGAGGCUCACACCCCCAGCCAAAGCAGAGGGUCUUGAUUUCAGCCCAGUACGAACCCCCCAGGGCGCCUUUGGCUCCCUGCCUGACUCCCUGGGGCUGAUGGAUCUGAGCACCACGCCGCUGAAAAGCAUUCCCCUCUUUGACUCACCCCGAGAGCUCCUCAAUUCAGAACCCUUUGAUCUUGCCUCUGACCCCUUUAGCAGCUCUUCCCCCUCUGAUGUGGAAGUUCCCAAGCCAGGCUCUCCAGAGCUUCAGGUUCCCAGUCUUUCGGCCAAUCGUUCUCUGACUGAAGGUCUGGUUCUGGACACGAUGAAUGACAGCCUCAGCAAGAUCCUGCUGGAUAUCAGCUUCCCUGGCCUGGAGGAGGACCCAUUGAGCUCUGACAACAUCACCUGGUCUCAGUUUACUCCUGAACUACGGUAGAGACUGGACUUGACCUUGCCUUGCUGCUCAAGCUGUCCACCAUUCCAGGCAUUCAUGUAGCUGGGCAGUCCCAAGGCUCAGUGUACCCCAAUCCCUCUGAGUGAGGACAGCAGGCAGGGACCAUGCUGCUCCUCUUAGCUCCCCAGCCUGAUUAUGCCAAGGCAGCAGUCACACCUUAACUGCUGCUGGGACCUUUGCAAGCAGUAGGGUAACUGGUCUCUGUGCCACCUAUGCUUCUUGAGAGAAUCUGAUUCCUCUACUCUCCUUGCCAUAAGCUGAAGGGUGAGAAUGGCAAAAGUAACGGUAAAAAGGAGUUAGUACUUCCCCAAACCGUUUUCAUUCUGUGCCCAGCAGUCUCACCUUCCCUGCUCCUUGUAGGGUGACCCUUGUAAAUAGUGUAAAUUUUCCAAAUUAUCCUCUAAUUAUAAAUGUAAGCUUAUUUCCUUAGAUCAUUAUCUAGAGACUGCCAGAAGGUGGGCAGGGUAACAAGGGGUUGCAAUUUGCCUCUGUUCCUUGCUUUUGGUUCCUGGAGAAGGGCAGGACCUGCAGUGCAGGUUUCUUCCUGACCCAAGGUACCUAGCUCAAGGGUUCUUUACUGUAGACACCCAAUCUGCUUCCCAGGGUCCCUCUUAGUGCUCCUUCCUCCUACCUCCCCAUGUUUCCAAGUCAGCUUUCCUGCAAGAAAUCCUGGUUUAAAAGGUCUCAUAUCGGGUCAAGAGUCGAAUUUUGGGGUGGUUGGGUAAAUGCAUCUACAGAAAAGUGAAUAAGUGCCCAGAUGUGCCCCCUAUUAGAUGUUUCUCUGAUAAUGUUCCUAAUCAUGCCAGGGAGACUAGAAUUGAUGAGAACUCAGGCGGAGGCUUGAGAAAGUGGAAAGGACCCCUGACCUGCCUGGCUUCCUUAACUUGCACCUCAGCUUUGCAAAGAGCCACCCUGGGCCCCAGCUGACUGCAUGUACAUGAGCCAGCUCAAUAACACUACUGUAACUACCUACCAAAUAAAAUCCAGGGUGGACC